AUGGCAGAACAGAGGCAACCAUUCCGCUUCCGACUCCCUUGGCUGCCAGCACCUGCGGCUCCACGUCCAAGCCCAACACCAACUCCAGCACAGCCAGCCCCAACCCAGUCAGCCACCGCAGCUCCCAUUCUGCGGCCUCCAUUUCGGCCUCCAGGGAUAGUCCAGGUACAGCCACCUCCUCCUCCUCCUCCUCCCCCCCAAGAUCAAGCACAAGCAGCACCGAGGACAGAGUCUGAGGUACAAUCACCACCUUUGGCAGCUGUACGAUCACCACCUUUGGCAGCUGCACGAUCACCACCUUUUGUAGCUGCACGAUCACCACCCUUUGCAGCUGCACGAUCACCACCCUUUGCAGCUGCACGAUCACCACCUUUUGCAGCUGCACGAUCGCCACCUUUGGCAGCUGCCCGAUCACCAGUCACUUCUCAGCCAACAUCACCAACUCGAGCAGAAUACCAAUUCCGGACUGGCUCUGUGCCUUCAUCCCCAUCUCGUGGGCCCUCUCAAUAUGCUGGGCCCACAUCCUCACAGCCCACUUCUCCAUCUCGGACAGCUACUCGGGUGCCACCAACAAGUCAAGUUGUAUCCCAGCCUGCAUCUCCGUCAAGGAGAUUACAAUCCAGCAUUCAAGAGAGCUCCCAGGCUCCUCCCACUUACAGGAGACCCCAAACACUGGCCACCGGGCCAGAAGAGAUGAAGCCAGCAGUGUCUCAGAUGUGGUCGCAAGAGCCUCAAACAAAGGCACAGAUCACAACCGAGACUCCCAAGUCCCAGGACCAAAACAUCCUUGGAACCACCGUGGUGGUGGCAGCACCAAAGGCUCCUGCCUCACCUCAGAAAUCAGAUUCUUCUACCUUAAUUGAUGAUGCAAAGCCCGUCGGAGAAUAUGAUCAAAUAUCAAAAGCGUCUCAGGUAGACACGCAAGAACCUCAAUCAAAGGCAGAAAUACCAUCUUGGACUCUUCCAACCUCACGGGUGGUAGCACAGCCUUCACAGGCUCCAGGUCCUGUAGCAGCAGCACUACCAACAUCUGCAGCAAUAGAGACGCCUUCCGGACCUCAGAAGCCAGAUUCUUAUGCUGUUACUUCUGUUUGGAAGCGCUUUUCAUCAGAACCAAAGUCGGAGGAGACUGAAGAAAGGAAGAAAGUAGAGCAAGAACUCAUAAAAGAAGAGAAGACCAAUGGCCCAGCUUAUGAGACACCAAAGCAGAUGGCAGAGGCUGAGAUUCAUACAAUUACACCUCAUUCAAAAAUACAGAUCAAAGAGCAGCAGGCUGUCACAUUUCCAGGUUUACAAAAGCAGCCGGGGAAGCGAGAGAUUCUUGACAGAAAAGAGAUAUUAUUGACUUCUGGCACCAGUGGAAAACAGAGUAAGACGGUGAUUUCAACACAUCCAAAGGAUCGGAGCCCAGUAAGUGAACCCCGUCCAAAGCCUGCUACAUUCAAUGGGGAACGAGCACCCCUGCACAAAGAGAUAAGAGAAGAUAUCUCCAAAUUUGUUCAUAAGCUGACCACCGGGCACCCAAAACAACCAAUGGACGAAAAGCCAAUUAGUAUCACAAACCUAGUUGGUGAAAACAGAGGAGCAUCAAUGCACUUUGUUCCUGAGUCAGCAAAGAAAGAUGCAUCGCUUCACAUUCAUAGGGGCUAUAAGGCCAACACAGAUGAGGGCGGCGUUGAGAACAUUGAAGGAGAAGGAAGUUCCAGGGAGGAUUCAAUGAUCAAAGAAGUUGAGGCAACCAAAGCAUAUAUUAACAGCAACGUACAGAGCAUCAAUAACUCGAUUUUUUGCGAUGCUGCUGUUACAGAAAGGAAUCCUGGUGUUCAGUUGGGAAUCUCAUGUACCCCGACAGCACAGGCGAAGUUUGGUUGUAAAGAAGAGCCCCUAGAGGCACACAAGGCCGAAUUCAGUGUUACCCCUUCUCAAAAGCUGACGUACGAGCCUGUCAUCAAGAGACGAUGCCUCAGAGGCCUCUUCUUGGAAUCAAGCGAUUCUGACCCAGACAAUCCAGAAAAGCCUAAGCGUCAUGGCUGCCGCUAUAGCUCUGGGGAGAAGAGCAAAGGCAACAAUACAGAUGUUGUGUGACAAAGUAAGUUACAAUUGCAUAUUGGCUCCUGCCAGGCGGCAAGGUAAAAAAAAGGUGCAUGAAAUAAUGUUAAUACUUACAAUAAAGGAAGAAUGAGGAUGCUAUGUCAUCCACAAAGUCAUACUUUAUUUAUGUUCUGCUCUUGCAUGCUUUGCUAAAGAACAUGCUGCAGGGCAAUUUGCGUGUAUAUGUCAAAAUAAAUUACAUGUGUUUUCAAAUAUACAGCUAAUAAGAAAUCAUUUUGCUA